AAUGAUCAUCAUCCCUCCCCCUUUCAUAGUUCGGAAUUGUUGAAUUUGCGGGCGACGCAAAGUAGAAUGCGUCACCAUCUCAUACUCACCUUGCCUUGUCUCACUCUCCUCCAUGGCAAGAAGCUGCCAAUUCUGCCGCAGGCGCAAGAUAAAAUGCGACGCAGACAAACCUACCUGUAUGGCCUGCCGUAGCAGAAACAGACCAUGUGUCUACGACAGUGGCCAACGGAGGCAGCGUCCUUCUGCAGCGCUCAUUAGCUCGUUGCAGAACGAAAAGUCGGCUUUGGAAGAGGUAUUAUCUCAGCUGAAGUCGGCCAGUGAUGAUCAGAGGCACGCCUUACUCGAGUCUGUGAAGAUCCGGAACGGAAGUGUAUCACUAUCCCCAAGAGCGCGCUCAUCGUUUUCAACUGUGCCUCAGAACGCGUUGAGCAUCUGCGAAACCCAGCAUUACCCUCAGCCCGCGCUUCUGCAGCGUGAAAACUCUCACCAUGCGCAGGUUGUGCCAAUGACAAGUGAUGAUGGUGCGCCACAAAAGCAAAACCCGCACGACGACAUCGAGUACGACUUUGACGAUGGUGAUGAGCCUGGAGUGUCAUCAGAAGAGGAUGGCAUCGGCGACGAUUUUCAUCAGACCGAAACAGUGCGCGAAAAUGAGCUCCCAAGCGAUAACAUCUACAGCUCAACAUCUGUUAUCCCGGUGUCCAGUCCGGGGAGUGCGAUCCGGCCCGAUACUCCUGGGCAUGUGCAAUCAGCCGUGUCUAUGCAAGUUCUGAGAACCCAACUGUUUGCCAAUGCUGCCAUGGAAAGGCAACGGGAGCACCAACUACGGCAUCUCAAGACCAUACGAGGAGUCCCGGCCGAGCUGGCACUGCAUCUCCUGGACCUGCACUGGAGCCGGCAACACCACACAUUCUUGUUGACGUAUCGUCCUGCUUUUACCAGGGAGUUGGAACAUGGUGGACCUUAUUGCACCGACCUCUUACUGAAUGCCGUCUUCGCCUGCUCAUCGAAAUUCUCGGAGCGUGUCGACGUCCGCAGUGAUCCUGAUAACCCGGAGACCGCAGGACGCCACUUCUAUGACCGCUGUGAUGACCUACUGCUGCACGGAGGUCUACUGAGUCAAUCACGAAUCCCGACCAUCAUAGCACUAGUCAUGCUCGGUUCGACGUUCAAUGCUCGAGGGCUGACCUCCAAAGGUUGGCUGUACACUGGUUAUGCCCUGCGAAUGGUGUACGACCUGGAGCUCCAUCUAGACUCCGUUGCCGUCAACGCUCACAACGUCGAAGAGGUGGAAAUACGACGACGUGUGUUUUGGGGCGCUUUCAUCUGCGAGAAGCUCCAGAGCCUAUACCUCGGACGACCUCCUACGAUCAGACUGCGAGAUGCUCAUGUCUCACUUGAUUUCUUGGACACGUUCGAGGAACUAGAGGUGUGGGAACCCGAUCCAGACCUCAGGGCCCGCGGCUCCAGCGCCGGCGUGCCCUCGACCCCAACAUCGACAGUCGCUCCGACGGCCUCGACCUACACUUACUCAGUCACUGUCUUUCAGCAACUCUGCCUGCUGUCCAAGAUCAUGAUUCGUAUCAUGAACAAAAUCUACUUUGUGGGUGCCACGGCGAGGAAGACUCUCAAUGAGAUCCGUCCACUCGACAAUGACCUGAUAGCAUGGUACCGCAACUUGCCGAAGCACCUGGUGUUUGAGCCGUGGGCGAAGGGUUCCAAGGAUCCGUCGGUCAUGGUCGCACCAAAUCGCGUUGUUCUUCUGACGACAUAUCAUUCGCUCGUCAUCCUACUACAUCGGCCUUUCAUUGCCGGCUCGGCCAGUACCAAUGCUGCCCCGGAUGGCACUGGAUAUGCGCAUAGCAGGAGGCCAUCGGCGGAGUCGUGGAAGCGAUGUGCUACAGCAGCGCGCAACAUCACCAGCCUUGUUUUGAGCUACCGUUCCGUAUACCCAUUGCGCAGGUCCAGCUAUCUGCUCAGCUAUGCUGUGUACGUGGCGUGCACGAUUCAUGUACUCAAUGCUGCCUCUCUGUCUUCCGGCAGUGGCAACAACGCCUAUGCCGAGUCCUCUUUGCUCUUGAGCACGAGUCUUCGAUGUCUCGACGAGCUGGCUGUGCCGAAUUCUGGGGUUGCCGACACUGCGAGCAUAAUCCGCAAGCUCAUGGCUGCCAAGGGCGUACAUGAGUCGCCAACACCCUCACUGGCCCAUAUUUCAGCAACCCACCCUGGACUUGACAAUGUCUGGCAGAAUUUCAACGCCUCACCCACUUACGAUGAUUUUGCUCAGAUGGAGCCUUUCCAAGAUAUUGGCAUGCCCGGUCAGGAUUUACUGGUUGGCUUCAUGAAUGAGAAUGUAUCUUUCGCGGACCUCGGUAUGGGUGGAGUCAGCUUCUAGGUGCAAUGUCCACGUGAAUGUCCAAUCUGUGUGGAGUAUCCCAGGACGUCUGUGGUUCAAGGUGUACAGUCACGCAAACGACUUUCUUUAACGGCCUGUUCUUACGGGCAUUAAUGUCUUAGACUCCAAUUUAAGUCAUAGCUUGUGGGAUACAAUUUCCAUUCAAAA